UUCAAACCCUAGCCCUAAAUUCUCAUCUCCUUCAAAUUUAAAGCUUCCAUCUUUUUUUUUUGUUUGCUUUCCAAAGCUAAGGAUUUUCAACAUUGAUCGAUGAUGGAGCCCCCUUCUUGUCCUGGAUUCGAGUUUAACCCUGGGGAUGAUCACCUGCUGACUUUCUACCUCCCCAGAAAGAUCGCCGGAGGACGAGAUGCCCUCGCGAUCCCCAACUAUCUGAUCCGUGAUUUCGAUGUGUAUUCUACCGAGCCCUGGAAUCUGCCUCGGGACACAUUUCGAUACCAAAACAAGAAGAAGGACAUGUAUUUCUUCUCAUGUAGACAACCAACCAGUGCAAAUUCUAAAAGAGUUCAGCGUACUGCUGGACAUGGUUUCUGGUACGGAGCAAGAGGAGAUGAAAAAGUCUAUUAUGAAUCUCAACAUGUUGGGUAUAAAACAGUCCUGACUUUUAAAUAUAUCAAGGGGGGUAAGGAGAUAAACAGUAACUGGAUCAUGCAUGAGUUUCAUCUCAAGCCUCCUGAGAACGGUAACAAGUUUGAGAGCAAGGUACUCUGCAGAAUUCACAUGAAUAAUACCAAGAAAGAUAGUGAAGGAGGGGCAGAUGCAGAGUCUGGUGUUGCGGCUCUAAUUGAACAAGAAGAACAGGGAACAGCAUCAGUAGUAACGAACAUAAAGGAAAGGCCUCGAAAGAGGAAGCGGGUGGACGUUUCGUCGUCGUUACCGUCUACAUCAUCAUCACUGCCUGCAUUUGUUCCCUGCAAAGAAGCAGAAGCCUUGAUUUCAACCUUGGAUGAAAAGCCGCAUACUGUUUUCGAACAAAAGGAAGAAGUGGAUGAAAGGCAGGUGAUAGAGAUGUUGCUUAAGGAACACGAAGUGAUGACAAAUCAUUCUAUGGCAGCUGCAGAAUUUCACAAUUCUUAUGAAGCAUCAUCCUCAUUGAUCAACGUUCUUCCACCAACAUCGCAGGAUGACGGGACAUGGGAGGAUUUGGACAUUGAUGUUAGUACUGUCUCUUAUUUGGAUGAGUUGAUGGAAUGUUUCACUGACUCUUGA